ACUCUACAUGCAUCUAUGGUCGAAUUAACGAGUGGAAACCGGCGUGAGGAAUAUUCUGGAAGCAGAACUGCUUUAUUUAAAAUUUUAAUACUUUAUUAAUCAAUUGUUGCUGUUGCCAUGGCGACCUCGGCGUUAGCAAAGAGGCUAAUACCGUUGUUGGACAGAGUUUUGAUUAAAAAAGCUGAAGCUGUUACAAAAACCAAAGGGGGAAUCGUUUUACCAGAAAAAGCCCAAGAUAAAGUUUUACAGGGAACUGUUAUUGCUGUAGGGCCUGGACAGAGGAAUAAGAAAGGGGACCACGUCCCCUUGGCAGUGAAGGUUGGCGACACCGUCUUGCUGCCAGAGUACGGGGGAACCAAGGUGGAGCUGGAAGGGGGCACCGAGUUCCACCUGUUCCGGGAAGCGGACAUUCUUGCCAAGGUGGAGACGUAGCCUGCCCGACGCGUGCCGUAGUCCGACCGUCGCCUGCUCUCCGGCAGAUUCUUGAACGUGCCCGAAUGGCCGCGAGUUGAGAACUUGAAAUCUCAUGCUGCGGGAAAAUACAUAUUUUUUUCUUUGUGACUAAGAAUGUAGUGGUUUGUUUUGUAUGAUUUACAAAUACAUUUUUAUUGUUUAAA